AUGGCGUCGGUGCGUGAGGAACAGCGAAGCCUGCAAGUGAGUGUGACGGACCGUGAGCGGGACCGCGGCGGAGGUCCCGAGACGGGCGGCGGGGGAGAUAGAUGUGGGGCCAUUACGGGAAGUACGGCACUACUUUCGAACGGCCCGAAAGUGAUUAGAGUAGGUUCCCCGGCACGGGAAAGAUGCUCGAGAAAGCUGCGCGUUCCGGGUUCGUCGAGCGACGAGAACCCUUCUUCGCCGGCGGAUUGUGCUCACCCGAGCCGGCCAUAUCUGUGUCAAAGUCGCAGUAAUUGCAUUAGCAAUCGCCCUAAUCGCCCGAGCAGUAAUAACAUUCGCAACCGAGCCGCCACCGCCGCCUCCUGCGAUGUAACGGAACGCGACGGCAUCCCAUCCCCGAGCAGCGCGGGAUCCAGCGUGGACAAUAAAAGCAACGAUCAUUGCCAGCGACCCCCGAUGACUGAUCCGUCGGUUCCGGACAGCUUCGGACCCGUAUCGCAAAUGCCAUCGCCACGGAGGCCCUCGCCGUCGAGACCGUCGGCGUGGUUCAGCCCGUCGAAGCUAGCGAGCACUGCCAUGGCGACGGUACGGCUGUCGAAGGUGCUGCUGCUCGGCCUACUGUUAUCGCAGCUCGGGCACGGCUGUUCCGGGUUCACCCUCGACGGGUCGCAGACCAGCUUCGCCCAGUUCCGCAAGUGGUACACCGGGCUGAACGGGUCGCUCGAGCUGGAGUUCAAGACGGAGCAACCGAACGGGCUCGUCCUCUACACCGACGAUGGCGGCACGUUCGACUUCUUCGAGCUGAAGCUGGUCGAGGGUGCGCUGCGGUUGCGGUACAAUCUCGGCGGGGGCGCACAAAUCAUUACCGUCGGCCGGGACCUGCACGAUGGCCACUGGCAUAAAGUUCAGGUGCUGCGCAACGACGAACAUACAACCCUCACCGUGGACGGAGUGUCGCAGAGCCGGAGCUCGCGAGGGAAGGAGUUUCUGUUCGGAAAGUUCGCCACCAACUCGGACGUGUUCGUUGGUGGCAUGCCGAAUUGGUACAACACCAAGCUGGCCCUGCUGGCGCUGCCGAGCGUCAUCUUCGAGCCCCGGUUCCGCGGUGCGGUCCGCAAUCUGGUCUACUCCGAUCAGCCCGGCGUUUCCCCGCGGCGGCAGGAGAUGCGACAACCGCGGGACAUCAAGUGUGGCGACUCUCCAUGCGAUCUGACGGCGAUGCCACGGGAAAAAGUGACACGGCAACUGCGCACCAACGUUACCGAUGCCUGCGAGCGCCACGAUCCCUGCCAGCACGGAGGCAUCUGCAUAUCGACCGACUCGGGCCCGAUCUGCGAGUGCCGCAACCUGGAGUACGAGGGAACGUACUGCGAGCGAGACAAGGCACCGUCGGAGGCAACGUUCCGCGGGACAGAGUUUCUCUCGUACGAUCUGGGGCAGACUGGUGGCGAGCCGAUCGUUAGUGCCCAGGAUGCCAUCACGCUCUACUUUCGCACGCGCCAGCCGAACGGGCUCCUCUUCUACACCGGUCACGGCACUGAUUAUCUGAAUUUGGCGCUGCGCGAUGGCGGCGUAUCGCUGACCAUGGGUCUCUCGAACGGAAAGCAGGAGAUGCACAUCAAACCGUCCCGCGUACGCUUCGACGACCACCAGUGGCACAAAGUCACGGUCCAUCGGCGCAUCCAGGAGAUUUCAUCGAUAACGAGCUUCUGCAGGCUGGUGGCCGUCGUGGACGAUGUGUACACGGAUCAUUCGCACAUUGCCGGCAAGUUCACCAUGCUUUCGUCGUCGCGCGUGUACGUCGGCGGUGCCGUCAAUCCUCGGGCCCUUUUGGGCGCCCGUGUGCACAACAAUUUCGUGGGCUGCCUCCGGAAGGUUGAAUUUUCCGCCGAUACUCUGCGCCUGAAUCUGAUCGAUCUGGCACGAACCGGCUCGAAGCUGAUACAGGUGGCGGGACGGGUUGAUUAUACGUGCCCAUCCGGCGACCCGCAGGACCCGGUGACGUUCACCACCCGAGAGUCGUAUCUGGUACUUCCCCCCUGGGACGCAUCGAAGCAAGGCCUACUGUCGUUUAAAUUCCGCACAAAUGAACCAAACGGAUUAAUAAUCCUCAACACGAUGACCCGCGCACCAAAGAGCAACUUCUUCGCGGUGGAGCUGCUGAACGGACAUAUCUACAUCCACCUGGAUCUGGGGACGGGUGCGGUGAAGGUGCGGGCCUCGAGACGCCGCGUAGAUGACGGCGUGUGGCACGAGAUGUCCGUGCGGCGGAAUGGACGCGACGGUCGGGUGGCGGUGGACGGCCUGUGGAACGACUACCGGACGCCCGGCGAGGCGUCCCAGAUGCAGCUGGAUAGCCCGAUGUACAUCGGCGGAAUCGGGCCACCGUACUCCGAGAUCUACAUUCCGCCCGCCGUCUGGACGGCCACGCUGCGCCAAGGGUUCGUCGGGUGCCUGCGAGACCUGACGCUGUCCAGCAAGCCGGUAGAUAUAGCGCACAUCGCUCGCCAGCAGGAUUCGGGAGCAAUCAAGCCGUCGUGUCACGUAAUAGCGAACCAGUGCGGCGGACAGGUGUCACCGUGCCAGAACGGUGGCCAGUGCACCGAAGGCUGGAACCGCCCGCUGUGCGACUGCUCGGCCACGCUCUUCACCGGGCCGACCUGUGGCCGCGAAUCGGCCACCCUGGCGUUCAACGGGUCGCAACACAUGGCCAUCUGGAUCGGCGGCACCCAGGGCAGCCGGACGCAGACGGAGGAGCUGGUGAUCCGCUUCAAGACCGCCCGCCCGGCCGGGCUCCUCCUGCUGACCAGCGCCGAGUCCAGCUCGUCCGAUCGGCUCGAGAUCGGGCUGGUCGCGGGCCGGGUGCGGGCCAAUGUGCGGCUCGGCGAUCGUGAAAAGAACCUUCUCGCCGGGCAGUCGGUUCUGAACGACAACAACUGGCACACGGUGAGAUUCUCUCGCCGUGCGUCCAAUCUGAGGCUGCAAGUUGACGGGACACAGCCCGUCAGGGGUAUGUUAUCGGAAGCAAUACUGGGACGGCACGGUACGCUGGAGGUGAAGUCGAUACAUCUGGGAGGCCUGUUCCAUGCCGAGGAGGAGAUCCAAAUGACGGCCGCCAUGCCCAACUUUGUCGGCCAGCUGCAGGGAUUCGUCUACAAUGGGCAUCGCUACAUCGAUCUUGUGAAAUCGCUCGGACCCGAGCUUUCCUCGCUCCCGACAACCAUGUUCAAGCUGACGGCCCGGUUCGUGAACUCCCCACCGGGAUCCCCAUACCUUCCGGCGACGUUCCGGUCGAAGCACUCGUACGUUGGAUUGCCGAUCCUGAAGGCCUACUCCUCGGUGUUCGUCGAUUUCCGCUUCAAGACGCUCGAACCGAACGGCCUGCUGUUCUACAACGGUGGCAAGCGGUCCGAUUUCUUGGCGGUCGAGCUCGUCAACGGCCAUAUCCACUACGUGUUCGAUCUGGGCGAUGGACCGAUCACCCUGCGCGACAAGGCCCGCAUCCACAUGAACGACAACCGGUGGCACUCGGUGAGCAUCCGGCGACCGGGCCCAAAGACCCACACGCUGGCCGUGGACGAAUCGAUCGAAAUCUACACCGCCAGUGGCAAUAAUAUGCACCUCGAGCUGGAGGGUAUCCUGUAUGUGGGCGGCGUGUUUAAGGACAUGUACACCCGGCUGCCAUCGAGCAUUGCGUCCCGGUCUGGGUUCGAGGGUUGCAUCGCCUCGGUGGAUCUGGCCGACAGUUCGCCCAGCCUAACGGAGGACGCCGUCGUACCGAGCUCGCUGGUUGUGUCCGGAUGCGAGGGACCCACCAAGUGUAGCCAGAAUGCGUGUGCAAAUCGGGGCGUUUGUGUGCAGCAGUGGAACGCGUAUGCCUGCGAGUGCGAAAUGACCUCCUUCACUGGACCGACGUGCUAUGAUGAAUCAAUAUCGUAUGAGUUUGGAAACAACAAAGGCCUAAUACAGUACAACUUCCCACCGGGGCGCCAACCGGACACGGAGGAGGAUAGUAUCGCGCUUGGGUUUGUGACGACAAAGUCUGACGCCGUCCUGUUGCGCAUCGAGAGCUCUACCACGCAGGACUACAUUGAGAUGGAGAUCGUGGAAGGAAAUGUUUUCACCGUGUACAACGUUGGCACACAGGACCUACCCCUGGGUGAGGUUGCCGUGAAGGUGAACGACAACAACUAUCACAUCGUACGGUUCACACGCACGGGUGCCAAUGCUACGCUGCAAAUCGACGACUAUAACGUCCAGACGGUGUCCUCGAUCGGCCACCAGUCAACAGUCUUCACGUCGAUGGCCAACAUUCAGGUCGGUGGGAAAAUCGCUCGCAAUGGUCGCUCGCGCAUCGAGCGGCCAUUUAGCGGGGUGAUCGCGGGACUGUCGGUGAACCGGCUGCGAGUCCUCGAUCUGGCCGCGGAGCGCGACCCGCACAUCAACGUUCGGGGCGAUGUACAAUUGGUAACUGGCGUUUUAGAUAGAAAUGACCAAAGAAUGCAGCAGAACUCUUCCGAUCAUUUCAAGACCCCGGCCAGCGGCUACCCGGGCGUGAUGGACGAUCUCAUCUUCAGCGGGGCCGGUUCCGGGUGCCGGGGAGACGACGAGGACGAAUGUACGCCGCCGUUCGAGAAUGGCUCGGGAGAUGAUCUGAUCACGCCGGUUUACGUGCCCCCGACGAAGCAAACGGCCACCACGGCUGGUGGAGCGGCGGGAGGUGCCGGUGGGAAGGGUCGUGGACGGGGCAAAACGUCACAGAAGUUGUGCGACGAUGAGGACUGUCUGCACGGUUCCGGAAGUGGUGAGGUGACCGAGGUGUUCACCACGUCGACGGCGAGAAGUUCUGAAACGAGUCCCGAAAUGACGUACACGACGGUUGACUUUGACAAGAAGACCGAGGGAACCACGUCGCUCACAACCCAAGGCCGCACACCGGACACCUACUCAUCGUCCUCGCACACAACCAGCGAGAUGGAAACGACCAGUGGAACCAGCAGUGGUACGACGGGAAGCUACGGCACGGGAAGUAGUGCUGGUUCUUACGGUGGCAGCUCCGGUGGAAGCUACGGAACGACGGUGUCGAUGGGAUCCGGUGGAACAACGGGCUCCGGAACGACGACCGGGACGACGACCAGCGGUCGGGUGGGCACAAGUUCGACGGGCACCACGGUCGGCUUGAGCACGUACGGUUCCACGACCCAGCAGCAGCAACAGCAAACACCCUCCGAGACGACCGUUAGCUACCGGGACCGCGAUCGUGACCACAUCCGCGAGACGACCUACCCCCACACACCCACCACGACCGAGGAGGAAAUCGUCGACGUUCACCUGCCAACGGACGACGAGGACGAGGGCGAGGAACGGCGAACGACGGUGCACCAGCCCGGCCGUCGGCCACCGCCGGUGAAGGUCGCUCAACCGCCCAGCCAGGAACCGGAGACACCCUACCAGCCCCAUCCGCCCCCGUACCCGCCGACGCGCCUGCCCAAGCACAAGGGCGGCCGGAUCAACUCGGAGGCCGAGGAGCGCACGGCCAUGAUUAUCGGCAUCGUGGCGGGCGCGCUGAUCGCCGUCAUCCUGGUGAUCCUGCUCGUCCUCUGGAUCAAGUCGAACGGCGACCGAUCCUACAAGACCGAGCACGACAAGAGCGGCCUGUACGGGCAGGGGCCGAGCGCGGCACUGCUGGGCGGCUCGCACGGUAACUCGGGCACGCACAACUCGCACCACUACAACCAGCAGCAGUCCCAGCAGGGACACCAUCAGCCGCAGCCGCACCAUCAGCCCUCGGCUCCGCCGCACUACAACGGCACGCACCACUCGAACGGGGGCAGCACGCUGCCCAUCAACGGAUCGCUGCGCCACCAUGGCCCCGGCAAUGGGUCCAUGGGUGGCGGCCCGGGUGGUGGUGGUGGUGGUGGUGGUGGCGGCAUGGGCAUGGGUAGCGGCGGCAGCAUGAGCAUGGGCUACGGUGGGCUGAAUGGCAGCGGUAGCGACAAGGGCAGCAUGCAGUCCAGUGGUGGCGGGGGCGGCGGAGGUGCUGGGGCGGGCGGAGGUAUGGGGCAGCCGCAGCGAAACAAGAGCCGCAACUCGAAGGAUAUCAAGGAGUGGUACGUCUAA